UUUUGUCGGCAAAUGAUCGCAGCUGGUACUAGGCAAAAUUCUGUGAUGGUUCGGAUUCCGCCUGCUGUGCAUGAGGUGACAAGUUGUAUCCACCAGAGGUCUUGUGGCAAGUUGUUUGAUCAUCUUCAAGAAGAUUUACAAUGGGAACAAAAGCUGCAACUGGCGCAAGCGCGUGUGUACUGAUUACAGGGGUAGUUUCAAAUUUGACAUGCCAAGAGGUAGGGCUGCGAGGUCAUAUGAAAAAUUCAAGCGUCGAAAAAUCGAACUGAUCAUAAAAUCAGCUCCACCGUUACCGACAGAAUCCUUUUCUUGCAUAUUUGGUUUCUUCGAUGUUUUGUGUUUGGUUCCUUCGUUUGUUGGUGUGCUCCACAUGCUUUUCGGGGGAAGCGACCCGACUACCGGAGAUAGCAGUGCAUUGCUGCCGGGCGUGCACGCGCAAAAGUACAUCAUUGGAGAUCAAUUUAUGAGCGGCGCAUUCAACAUUUCGCGAAGCAGUAUCUCUUGCAGCAGCCCAAAUGCACCGUGCGGCUUCAACUUGGAAACGGGCUGCUUCAUGGGAAAACGGUGUCCCCCAGUCGUCAUCUUCGAAGGCGACUACGAUGGCAGAAAAAGCGGGAAGCCUGCAUUUGCAUAUUGAAUAUUGAGAUCAUGUUGUGUAUCUCUAUCAGGAGCACGUACAUGACAUCGCUCCUGCUUAUUUUGCAUCAUUUUCAUUGUUAAAAUCACUCUAGCAUCUGGCGCGGAUCAUUGAGCUAAAAACUUCAGCUCUGACGAUCUUUGUCUCCCCGGCGGGAAAAGAAGGCACCUGGAGAUUCAUGGCAUAGGAGCUUUUUCUUUUUCAUACGGGUAUGUCCGGCACCAUUGAGAUGUCCGACUGCGACGUGGGAGUCAUGUACUCGACAUAUCUGCCUGCAGAAAAAAUAUAUUUAUAUCAGCUGAUAUCUUCAACUUUUCAAUACAUAGAUUACAUGCAUUCCGAAAACUCAGUCUCAGACUCAUUCAGUAAAGGGAGUUUGGACUGUUGUUCAACAUAUUUGAGACGCUUGGUCUUCCUUCUCCUUGUUUAUUAAACAACCUCGAGAUCGAGUUCGUGCAAGUCUUUGAUGGGCUCGAUAAUCGACCACAUGCAUUUGCAUUUUCUUGGAUACAGCCACCCACAAACAAAACUACAUGAUUUUAGUACGUAUUUUCAUUUUCAGGUACAGUUUCGUAAAUCACGCUGUGAAUGACAACGGAGUGGUCGUGCAGCACAAGGGAGGGCUGUUUGGCGCUGUUGGUGUGGCCCAGUAUGGUGUGGGGAACUGUUUUUGCUACACGGAUUCGAAGCUGCUCUGCGGGCAGCGGUAGAAAAAGCGAGGACGCCAACACGAUGCAUGUUCGCAUUCUUGUCACGUUGUAAAGCCGCAUUAUGAUUAUACUCUGAGUACGACAGUGAAAGUGAAAGUAUACGAAAAGCAAAAAGAGCCGAUGCAGCCGAAGUGUUCUAUCACGAGGUAGCUGCGUGAAGUCGCCAUUGCCAAGUGCGUCCAU